AUGGCCUCAUCCACCGACAUCUCCUCUAUCCCAACACCGGCCCACUGCACCGCAGACUUCUGCCUAAUCCCGGUAAGCUCCGAAUAUCUCCCUUCCAGAACCCUUCCAUCAGUCCCGACAACGCUGCCGGCAAAAACCAACACUAUACAUGCAACCCGACCACGCAACAUAACCUGCGCAUUUGCUGUCCAGAUCGGCACCUCGUCCCCGUCCGUCUCCGCCCAAAUCGCUGACGUCCAACGCCUCGUCGAGAAAUCCGGCCUCAAGUACGUGAUGCACAGCGCCGGCACGACGCUCGAGGGGCCCUGGGACAGAGUUCAUCAGGUUAUUGGACAGGCGCAUACCGUUCUGCAUCAGCAGGGGAUUGUGCGCAUUCAGACGGAUGUCCGGGUUGGGUCGAGGACCGAUAAGGAGCAGUCGUUCGAGGAUAAAGUGAACAAGGUCCGGGAGUUGUUGGGGAAGGAGUAA